AUGGCAUCACCAACCAGGAGUCGUAACCGAAGACCUCUUCCGGCCAAGAUGCUGAUAGGAUAUGGGACAAACUGCGACCGUGUCCGAAAGGCCGUCCAUGAUGGUGUCAACAUUGUGAUUUGGGCUUUCAUGGACAUUGUUGCUGUAGAUAAUGAGCAUGAAGAUUCGGAUCACCGAGAACUUUUGGAAAGCCAAACAGAUACCGAUACACCACGACGAGGCAGAAUCAAGACAGACCUUGACCUCAACGGAAUUCGCCAAUUGAUUCAGGAACUCGACCAGAAUGGGUAUAAUCAUGUCAUCCACUUGGUCAGUUUUGGGGGUUGGAAUGGGCCUCAUCUGGAUGCAGCUUUGAGUGCGGAGGAGUGGUACGACUGCUGGAAAGAAAGUGAAGCUGGAAGUCUGUUCCAUGGCAUGGACUGGGAUUUAGAGGGACACGACGACCUGACCAGACCCACCAACGUCUUUACAAUUGAAUGUCUAGAAAAGAUGGGACACAUCAGUCGCAUGAUGAAGGAAGACGGUUACUUGGUUGGGAUGGCACCUCCUCAGAGCUACAUGAACUUUGACAACCCGCACUUAAGCCGAUAUGUGAACCUCACGGAACCCGAUCGGCCAUGGCAUUCAGAGUUCCACUACUUUGGCGCCAAUGUCUACUCUUAUGUAUUGGCAAAGUAUGGAGAUUUCAUCGACUUUGUUUCAAUGCAGUUGUAUGAAUCCUACUCGCUGGCAGCCAUGGCGGUGUAUCACGAAAACAUAGAGCCAGAAGAUUAUCUUAUUUCCUACAUACAAGAUUUGGUUGUCAAGCAAAAGGAAAAGUUCUAUGUGGAUUUCUCGCAAGACAAGGAUCUGAAUAUGGAAGGACAGUACACCCAUUUGCCGCUGAAAAAGCUGGUGAUUGGCCUAGCAAAUGGUUGGGCAGCAGAUCCUGAGAACCGCAAACACAUUUUCAUAGCCCCUGAACAGAUUCAGAAGGCCUACAAUGCCCUCCAAAACUCGGACCAUGGCGACCUUUCGCCUCGUGGCUUUAUGUUUUGGACCAUUGAAGAAGAAGGCACUCGUGACGUCUAUCUGGCAAGAGAUAUUCACAAAACACUAAAUCCUUAA